UAUUAUAGAUUUAUCAUCGUUUCACAGAACACGAUAAAGCGACACCUGUUGGAAUUUACGAUUGCAAUUAAACUUAUGUAUGUGUGUUUAUAGUUUUACCUAUAGAACUAUAAAUUUAUUUUUAGAGCAGUUUUUAUUCUUUCUUAUUUCUUUAUCGAUUUUUAUCAGUGAAUUAUUAAGUGAUGUAUCGUUAAAAUUAUAUUUUUUUUAACAUAUUUCACUUUGUGUAUAUUUGUGUAUAUUUAUCUAAUCUUUUAUAAUUAGUGCUUUAUUUUGUUUAAUUGCAAUUUUUCUUUAGUGCCAAUUGAUGAUUUGUUUAAGUUAUAAAUAAGAACAUCAGUAAAAAAAUCUUUUUACAAUUGAUUAUAUAGAAGAUUAUGAAGAACAAUAAUAAAUUCAAUUAAGAAUUAUAAAGGUCAGUGAAGAGGUUAAAAUGAAUAAUGUGUAUACACAAUAAUUCGAGAAACAUAAAAAUGGCUACAGAAUUGGCAAAUAAAAAAGCUGAGCGCGAAGCUCUGCGCGGCGUUAUUCAACAAUGGAACGCUAAUAGAUUAGAUUUAUUUGAACUCUCAGAACCAAAUGAGGACUUGGAAUUUCAUGGGGUAAUGAGAUUUUAUUUUCAAGAUAGUGGUCAGAAAGUUGCAACGAAAUGUAUUAGAGUAGCAUCGGAUGCAACAAGUCAAGCGGUCAUCGAAACUCUUAUUGAAAAGUUCCGUCCAGAUAUGCGAAUGCUUUCAGUUCCAGAAUACGCACUUUAUGAAAUUCAUGAAAAUGGUGAAGAGCGUAAGCUUGGACUCGAGGAGAAACCAUUGUUAGUGCAAUUAAAUUGGCACAUCGAUGAUCGCGAGGGACGUUUUUUAUUAAGAAGAAUCGAUGAUAAAACUAACGCUCAAGGUGUUGGUUUCUCUUCUUCGGAUGGAUCUAGUUUUCGUAGAAAGUUGAGUAAACGUGAAAAGAAACAAAUGAAAAAACAAGAAAAACUGAGUCGUUUAAAGAGUUUAGAACAAGAUGAGAAUAGUAUACCCGUUGAUCAAAAUGGAGUGGCUGAAAAACUUUAUACAGAGUUACCUGAAACAAGCUUUACCAGAAGUAUUUCAAAUCCAGAAGCUGUGAUGAGAAGACGACGUCAACAAAAAUUGGAGAGAAAAUUGCAACAAUUUCGUAGUAAAGAUGGUGGUCCUGAUACUGGAGGAACAUUAAAAAUUUAUGGUGAAGCACUUUGCAAAGAUGUUCCAUAUAAAACUUUGCUUUUAAGUGUUCGAGAUUCAGCAGUUCAGGUCGUACGAGAAAUGCUUUCUAAAUAUGGUUUAGAGAAAGUUGAUCCACAACAAUAUUGUCUUGUACAGGUAAAUAGUGAAAAUAAUCUUAAUGGAGGAACCCAACAAGAAUAUAUACUGGACGAUGACGAAUGUCCUUUAGCUAUUCUUAUGAAUCAUUCUUCUACUCGCGGUUCUAUUAUGUUUCACGUACGAAGAAGACCUUCCGAUUAUGUGCCUCGGAAACGCAAGAAAAAACCAAGUGGCAAGUGGAAUGAAUUAGAUUGCAGAUACGAAGAUGAAAGAUUACCUUUUUUACUAGAAUUAAAUCCUGAUGGUAGUGAAAUUCCAAACGGUGCCGGUGUACGACAUCGGUUACAACCAAACGUGACGGAGGUGGGCUCAGAAAGACCAAUAGGUCCACAGGCAGUUCAAGCUCAAACUCUCACUUUGACAGGACCAAUGGUUAUGCCGAGGCACUGUGUAAUUGCUUUUACUGAAAAUAUUGUCACUCUUACGCCUUGUUCCAGAGAUGCUUAUACUUACGUAAAUAAUCAGAGGAUACAUCAAACAACAAUACUUCAGAAUGGAGCAAUUGUGAAAUUUGGCAGAUUACAUACUUUUAAAUUCAUCGAUCCAGCAUCUGAUGAACGAAUUAGACAACGACAUGAUUCUGGAAAACAAAUCGAAUAUAAUUAUGACCGCCUGCUUUUGUACCGUAGACGCUCCCCAGACUUGGCCAAUCAAGAUACGAACAUAGAAAGAUAUGGAUCAGUAUCCGGAACUUCAAAUAAUGGACAGAAUCAAGUUCAAAUUCAGAGCCAAUCAAUUCAGGACCAAGUUAUUCAUUCGUCUAGUCCAAACAAGUCUACACCCAUUCCUGUUGCUGCUGUUACUGUAUGUCAUACUCGAAGUCCAACGCAUGCAUUGGAAUCAAUUCAUAAUUAUGAAACUACAUUUGAUCUCGAUGGAAACGUUGAGACUGCCAGUCUUACCAGCAGCAGAGACGGUAACAGAACAUUACAGAAUGAUCGACAACCACGAGGAACGGACCCAAUCUUACCAGCUGUUUUAGAAUUUCUUGAAGAAACGGAAGAAACAUUUUUUCAUGCAGUAAUUACAGACGUUGAACCAUCAGCACCUCAAUUUAAAUUGGCUCCAACAUAUACGCUUUACCUGGCAGCAAGAUAUCGUGCAAGCACACAUUAUAGACCAGAAUUACAACCAACGGAGAGAGCUCACAGAUUGACUGUGAUGUUGGCAAAUGUCGCUAACAUGAUUCAACGAGUAAUACAGGAAAGAUAUAUGGAUGCAUCUUCAUUGGCAUUAUGGUUAGCAAAUGGUUCAGAAUUAUUACAUAUGUUGAAAAACGAUCGUCAUGUAGGAGCAUUUUCGACGAGGGCACAGGAUAUUUUGACAGAAGCAGUGCAUACAGCUUUCGCGUCGCUAGUUCGAUGCAUUUCCUUAGAACUAGCGCCGGCAAUGUCACAAUUUAUGGCUGAUGCAGAUGAACCUGCCAAAGAAGCUGGUGUUCUCCAAAUAUUUUCGAGUACGAUGGCAUUACUCAGACGAUGUAGAGUAAAUGCUGCGCUCACGAUUCAACUAUUUAGUCAUUUAUUUCAUACAAUAAAUGCAACUACAUUUAAUGCAUUAGUUUCAAACACAAACUUAUGUGUUAGAUGGUUUGGUCGUAGAUUAAAGGCAAGACUGAACGCUCUUGAAACUUGGGCUGAAAGACAAGGUUUAGAACUCGCGAGUCAAUGUCACUUAGCAACAAUUAUGCAAGCGACUCAUCUUUUACAAGCGCCAAAAUAUAAUGCAGAGGAACUUGCUACUUUAAGUUCUACUUGUUUUAAAUUGAAUUCUCUUCAAGUCCGAGCAUUGUUGCAAAAAUAUCAACCAGCUGCUGAUGAACCAAGACUUCCGGCAGAAUUGAUUGAAAAUGUAGUCAGAGUAGCAGAAAGUGUGGCUGAUACUUUAGCACGUGCUGAUGGUAGGGAGAUUCGACUUGAGGAAGAACCUACACUCGCAUUGGCACUUUUACUUCCCGAAGAUGGAUAUAGUUGCGAAGUUAUUCGUGGUGUACCUCCAGGAUUAGCAGAAUUUUUAGCGCCAUUACAACGAGAUGGUCUUUGUCGUAUGGCAUCACAACCUACUAGUAGUGGAUACUGGACUAUAUAUAUGAUAGAUCAUCAUAAUAAUUUUCGCAGUCCAAGUGCAAUGAGUAAUAGAUCUGGAGGGUAUUCUUGUCAUGCAGGUUCAAAUAUUGUUCAGCCUGAGAUACAUAUAAUAAAAUUACAUAAAUCUACUAAUGGAAUGGGUUUAAGUAUCGUUGCGGCAAAGGGUGCUGGUCAAGAUAGACUUGGAAUAUAUAUAAAGAGCGUAGUUGCUGGUGGUGCUGCUGAUGCUGAUGGUAGAUUGACUGCUGGUGAUCAACUAUUAAAAGUGGAUGGACAAAGUUUAGUAGGAAUUACUCAGGAAAAGGCUGCUGAAUAUUUAGUACGCACUGGUCCAAUAGUCACACUUGAAGUUGCUAAGCAAGGUGCCAUAUACCAUGGUUUAGCUACUUUAUUGUCACAACCAUCACCAGUAAUGAACAGAGCAUACAAGAUUCGACCCAAGUCCGAAAACUUGGAAGCUUCAACGGCGCAAGAAAUGAACGAGCAAUCAUCUACAUCACAUUCAAUGGGUAAUUUGUUGAAUGUUCCAAGGCACGCGAUUGAUUUGGAACGUUCAAUCGAUUCGGUACCAGACUCAAACUCGGAUUCUUCGGCUACAGUAAACAUCAAAUGUAAUAGUUUUUCUCUCGAUUCAAUACCCUAUAUCGAUCAAGUCGAUGAAAUAUCAUCAGUUCCAUUCUCAAGCAAUCAAUUCGAUAAAUACCAAUUGGAAAAUAACGAUUGGAAAAUUUAUCCAAGAUCAAAUCAAACUCAUCUAAAUCUUGAUUUCCUUUUACGACCUCGUCGCAUGAGCGAACGAGAUUUACCAUCUAGGCUUGGGCGCGAUACAACUGUACCCCAACAACAAAUGCAUACUAGCAAAUCAGUGCCAGCAUUACACAAUGUAGGAACAGAUGGAAAACAGCAGCACGAAGUAUUUAAUCCUGGUUAUAGUAGAGCAUCUUCAAGUAAUAGUGUCACACCACCAGUUACACAGCCACCUCCACCAAUGGCCACAAUCAGUGGUUCGACUUCAUUACGUUCUCGUUCAAGUCAUAAUUUGCAUGAUUCGACAAGAAUCGGAACUUUACCAUCGAAUGGUCUCGUAACUAGACAACAAUCAUCACCAAAUUUGAAUCCAGAUCAUACAUCGAAUCACAAUGAUACAAAUGUGAAUGGUGGAACAAAUUCGAACAUUCUUCAAGGUAACGAAGCUGAAAGAUUUUAUCAAAAUUUGAGUAUCUAUCGUAAUCAAGAUGCAACAACUAAACAGCAUAAUCCAUCUCAACAUUUAGAUGAUAGAACUCCUCUUCAAUUACAAAAGAAUUUGAGAGGUUCGCAAAAUUCUUUAAAUCGUCCAGGAAUAUUUGAAAUGAAUCAAACUAAAGACCGUCCAAUAUCUUCGUAUGUACCUCAACCUCAACAACAAUCUUAUAUUGAAAAUACUGGUCAAUCGCAACAACAAGUUUGUACAGCACCUCCAAGAUCUCAAUCGUCUCGAGAUAUAAUACGUCAAGAAGCGAAACUUCAAGAAAUGCAAGAAGAAGUCAGAAGACGCGAGUUACGAGGUGGCAUUUCAGUUCCAUUGAAUCAAUACCGAUCACCUACUUACAAUUUAAAAACAAAUACAUCUGUUCAAUCAUCGAUUAGUUCUGUUGUUCGACCAACAAAAUCUAUUGGUUCGCAACCAAAUUUGGGAUCAAGUCCACCGAUAACAAUAUCCACAUCAUCAGUUUCAACAUCCAGACAAACCGGUCUUUCGAGUUAUAGUUAUUUAGAUGCACAAUAUGGUUCAUACAUGGUUCAAUAUGGAAAAUCUUCACAUACUCAUCAACAUCAAUCUCAACCUCAAUCUCAACAUCAACAUCCGCAUCAACAUCACCUACAACUCCAGCAUCAAUAUCAACACCAGCAUCAACAUCAGCAUCAACAUCAACAUCACAAUAUACAACAACAAAAUUUUGGACAUAUCCAAUAUGGACAUAUUGGUAUGUUAUCAUCCAGAGGAAAAAAUGACUUAACUCGUAUGCAAUCAAAUGGAACAUUACACGAUUAUGGAAGAGAUCAAAAUAUUCGAGACAUUGGAAAAUUAUAUACAGAUCAGAAUCAACAUGUUGCUGGAUCGCAGUAUUGUUUGAAUAAUAAUCCAGAGAUACAAAAUGAACUCUAUAAUGAUGAAAAUGGAAUAAAUAGAAUGCAAACUGCACCAGAAGAAACUUCGAUUUCAAAUGAAAUUCCUAUACGACCUGAUUUACCAGAAGAAGGAUUUACCGAAAGUUCUCCACCGCCACCUCCAAGUACUUCAACUCAUCCUCUCUAUAAUAAACAAUCGGAUUCAAGAUAUACUGCAAGUAUGCAAGAUCCUCCGCGUGGAGGAUAUUAUCCAACAAAUACAACAGGUACUACAUUACAGCCACGUCAAUAUCAAUAUAGUGCUUCAAAUCCAUGGCAACGAGAAGAAAAAGAGAGAGAACAGGCACGCAGAAGAGAAGCUGCAAGACAAUGGCGAGAUCAACAAAUAGCGGAAUUAAGUGCACUAUCUCAUAGAACAUCGCAACAAGAGGAACAAUUGCGAGCUCUUCAAUUGGAAAGAGAUUUUCAAAAAAGAGCCGAAGAAAUAGCUAAUCAACAAGAUGAUGAUGAAGAAAGUAAUGAUUUAGAUACUGAAAAUAUAAGAGUUCAACAAUCUUUAUUUCAAACAACAGUGAUGCAAGAUCGAAAUAAUUCAUUAGAGCAACAUCAUUCCAAUUUAUCUAAGACUAAUGUAACAAACCAAUCCUCUAAAGGAAAUCAUUUUUCUCGAUCUCUCGGUGGAUCUCCAUUGCAUUCUAUGAAUGUUGUAACUACACACGGAAAUAAUACUCUUCAACAAUGUUCACAAAAUAUUACAACUACUUGUUUGCAGCAACAACAGCAACAACAAGACAAUUGCAGUUCGCUUUUAUCUUCAGAUUUUCAACAACAACAUACUAAUCAAAUGCAAAAUAAUAUGGGACAAAUUUCAAUGCCAUCUUUGAUUCAUUUGACUUCUUCUCAAAAAUCUCUUGGUUUGUCUCAAUCCAAUGAAGAAAAAGAAAUGCACUGUAGACAUGAGGAGAUUAAACGAAAACAAAUAGAUUUCGAUGAUACUCAAUUGAAAAAAGAGGAAGAAACUAAUAAACAACAGCAAAUGUAUCAACAACAACAUCAUUCGCAACAAUCGCAAUCUCAUUUUAAAACUCAACAAUUAUUGCAUUCUAAUAUGUUGCGAUUGGAUAGCUUAAUCAUUAACGGAUCAAAUGCAUCUCCUACACAAAAUGGUAUCAAUGAUGCGCCUCUGCCUCCAGAACGAGGUUCUAGUUUUGCGGUUAUGUCGCAGCAAAAUACGCUCAGAUCAAAUAAUGCAAAUAUAUCAAAUAUAAUAUUAGCAUCUCAACCGCAAACAACAUCCAUUAAAAGAGUCUCAUUUCACGAUUCAAAUACAAAUGUAGAAUCUAUACGAAAUAUUUCGUCUGGAAAUUUGAGCACGAAUCAAACUAUGACUAUGGAUGCCAUUACAGAAGAUCCAAAUAAUUUCAUAAAUGAUGCAGAAAUUUUAUUGGCAUCUCCAAAAACACCCGAAGGAUCUGGUGGAACUUCGAUUACUGGUAGCACACCUGGCGUUAUAGGUGCUCAAGAAGUGUACAAGUAACAUUAUAUUUUAUUAUUUAUUAUUUUAAUAUUUUUUUAUAUUCAGAAAGUUAUUACAAUUCUUUAGAAAAUACAAUUUUUUUAUUUUCAUAAAUUCUUAUAAGAAAUCAUUUCCAAGUGUAAAUUGCCGAUUUUAAUAAAAUUUAUGUAUGUAAUUCUCGAAAAAA